AUGCCUGAUUUUAUCGCCGGGUCUGAGGAACCGUUCUUUAACUUCUGUCGCGCGAUAGUGGAUGCAACAGCUGAGCAUGUGUGCGCUUUUAAACCUCAAUUUGCACACUUCGCAGCACAGGGUGCGGAGAACGAACUGGCACGGCUGAUAGCCUAUAUAAAGUCCGAAUACCCCCAUAUUCUUGUUGUGCUCGAUGCAAAGCGAGGCGAUAUCGGCAGCACCGCUGAAUAUUACGUCCAGGAGGCUUAUCAGCGUUAUGACGCAGACGCAGUGACGUUAAGCCCAUAUCUGGGUUAUGAAAGUGUGGCGCCCUAUCUGGCGCAUCAUGACCGGGGUGUGGUCGUACUUUGCCGUACCAGUAAUGCGGACAGUAACUGGUUGCAGAAUGACAGUAGAGACACGCCACCGAUCUACCAGCGUGUGGCGCAAAGGGUUGCCCAGUGGAAUGUUGCGGGUCAGUGCAUGCUGGUUGCUGGUGCCACUUAUCCUCAGGAGUUGGGAGAAAUUCGCAAGCUGGUAGAGGAUAUGCCGCUGUUGGUACCGGGUAUCGGUGCUCAAGGUGGCGAUCUGCAGGCCGUGAUGGAAAAUGGUCUUGACCGGUUCGGGACGGGUCUAUUGAUCUCCAGUUCUCGUGGAAUUCUUUAUGCAGGUUCAGGUGAAGGCUUUGAAAGUGCGGCGGGUGAGUUACAGCGUCAUCUUUGGCGCAAGAGGGAGACACGGCGCGUGACCCCAGACGCGGUCAUCUUACGCUACCUACAGAUUGUUGCGCCGUUGCGGUGCGAUAUCGAUGAAUUGUGCCUGCUUUUAUCUGCAGACGCUGAUCUGCUUACCCGCUGGCUCAAACUGCUCAACAUCCCUGCAGAUCUGGAUGCGCUGCGUACUCAGAUAGCCAACCUUGACGGCCACGAACGUUCUGCUCUGGCGCGUGCCCAGGCCUGGUCGGUUUUACCGAUUGUUGGUAGCGCGCGUUUGAGUCUGGACCAGUGGAUGUCCGUGUUGCGGGCAGCUUGUCUUGCCCAGUUGCUGGUUGAUCACCUCGAGCCGCAAUCAGAUGUUGAAGAUGGCGAAGCGCAUGCCAAUGUGCGGCUGCGUGCUCUACUGGCGGUAUCGGGUGUGCAGCUGCCACAUGAUCCGCAGCUAUCAGCCCUGAUCAAAUACCGUGGUACCAACCCUGCCUUAUUGGAAGAUGCGCUGCUGGAAUUGCGCGUUUUUGCGGUCGUCGAUGCGUUGGAGGUCGGGCGCGAAUUUGAGCUGGCUGAACAGUUGCUGGAUAUGUCGCGGCAAACUCUGGCUGGCCUUCUGGAGGACUCUGAACGGGCCGCCAGCGAGCUUGUUGCGCGUUUCGGCGUUGGUCUGACUCCGGAUACGGAGAACGAUGCCGCGCAGCAAAUCUGGCUCCGUCAGCAGAUAUCAAUCAUGACUGAAGGUAUGGCGGACUGUCAUGAUUGGCAGUCACUGCAGCUGCAGCAUGAUCUGGUCAGCCGCUGUCUGUUUCUGCAAGCACCCCUGUUGCUUGUGGACGAGACCGGCCAGAGUGUUCUGCAUGUAUUGGGAUAUCCGGAUUACGCAAUCAAACUCGAUAGCAGGACCAGUAUUCUGGCCGCGACGGCACGGGGCGUUAAAACCCUCAGCGUGGCGGAAAGUGAUGACCUGGCUGUUGUUGACCGUUUGCUGUUGCGCGAACUCGAUUGCGAGGAGGCGGUCGCUGUACCCCUAAGUUUGACAAACGGUGCUGGCUUGAUGCUGGUUGCCUCGGACGAAGACAGUGAUGUCGAAUUGCAGGCAGAACUUUAUGUAGAGCAUCUGCAGAAUCAUGUUGAGCGGCUUUGUCGGGACGCUUCGACUAACGCAGAUCUGAUGGUUGAUGAUGAUCAGGAUCUCCUCGAACAGUUUCGCGCCGCAGAAUAUAAUCGUUUGCGUGAAAUUGUGCACGAGGCGAACAAUCCGCUCAGCAUUGUUCAUAAUUACCUGCAUAUUCUGGAGCUUCGCUUACAGCAUGAACCCGAAGCUGUUGAACAACUGGAGUUGAUCGGCAAUGAAUUGCGGCGGGCGGGAGAAGUGUUUACCCGCGCGCGAGAUAUACCGCUAAAGACAGAUGUACAGGUUUUGCCCGUCGGCACGGUUACCGAAGUCGAUCUGGCGUCUUUUUUGGAAAAUCUGGUAGAGCUUUUUUCCGGCUAUGCCUCAAACGCCGGGGUGGAGCUGUCUUCGCAGACGACAGGUAUCGUUGGCACCCUGACUACUCAAGCGGAUAAGCUGUCGCAAUUGCUCAAUAACCUGCUGAAGAAUGCGAUCGAAGCCUGCCAGCCAGGAGAUGAUGUCAGCGUCGGCGCACGUGCCGGCGUUUACCGUGAUGGUAGUGUUGGUGUUGAGAUCUAUGUUGAGGAUGAAGGUCCGGGGCUUGCGGAUGAAGUGCUUUACAACCUUGCAGGUGCGAAGCGCUCCAGCAAAGGCGGAGACCACCAGGGCGUGGGUUUGCAGGUGGCUUUCCGGUUGGCAAUUGAACUGGAAGGUGCUCUGGAUGUCCGCACGCUGGCAGGGCAGGGCACAACCUUCAGUUUGUUCCUGCCCCGCGAGCCUGCUGCCGCGGGCUGA